ACCUGGGGAGAGCAGCUCCCUCUCUGCGGCUGGUGACCUUCACUGGCCCCUCUGUAGGACUCUGCUCCUAAAUCUUGAUGGCUGCCCCAGGCCUGGCCUUGGGGAGGUGAAAGAGGGAGGGUGUAACUUGUGUUCAAACCAGGCAGGGACUUCUGGAGGAAGGGACCUGGUCCAGGUGAGCUGUCACUCCAGGCACCUCUAGCCCCUGUUCAAGCCCCAGGUGUGCCUGGGCUACACGUCCAGGUUGGAGGGGUCCUCCUAGCCAGUCUGUCCCCUCUGUAGGCUGAGGACUGUCCAGGAGGUCACUGGGUGCCAUGUCCUGCCAGAGGAAGUCUUGUGGCAGCAGAGGCCCCAGGCUGGGCCAGGUGCUGGCUGCAGAGGGUGCCUGCCAGGCCUGCCUCUCACCUGCUGGCAGGACCGCUGGGGGAGGAUGGCUUUGCAGCUCCCUGAGCCAGUCCCCCAGUGGGAAGCAGGGAGCUGCCUCGUGGGUGACGUGGGCACCCAGCGGCCCACUUCCUGCCCCAGCAGCCAGGCCUGAGGGUGAGGCUGGGCACCUACACCCAGUAGGACUGCAUCUUUAGGCAGGAGGGUCGAAGUAAAGCCCAGGUGUGCAGUGCAGGUGAGUGUUGCAGGUAAGUAGUGUUCUGGGAAACCUUUGUCUUGGUUACCCUGGGGCACAAUGACAGACAUCACCGUGGGUCACAGUUGGUUUGGGAGCCACUGCAGGUUGCGUGGGGCUCAGCUGGCAGGAACAGCUACAGCUCUUUCUCAGCACUCACACGUCCGUCCUUGUCCACUGAGUCAGUGUUUGUGGUGGAAGUCACUGACAGCCCAGAGGGCUUCUUGAGGGGCUCGAGGGAAGGCUGAAGCAGGGAGGGAGACCCCCUUCCCAUCCCUCCAGCGUGGUCCUGCUGGCCAGCUCCCUCCCCGGCCUCCCCAGAAGGGGCAGCCAUUGGAAUUCUGCACCCUGUCCCUUCUGAUUGGGCACAGGACAGUGGGAGGGCAUUUGUGGGCCUCAUCCCCCAGGCAGACAGGAGGAAGCCACAUCCCAGUGUGCUGGGACACAGCGACCCCUGGGUCGUGACAGGUGCCUUAUCAGCUGGGUGCCAGGCGAGGCCAUCCCUGGGUGGGCGGGACAUCUCCCUGGGCCCUGUUACCAGUCAAGGAGUCCGCAGCACGCUCCUCGGGUUAACGGUUUACCAUGUAACCACAAACCCUCCCCUCCGCCCCCGGAAGCCAGCAGCUCCCAGACACAGGCCGCUCUGGGGCUGUCACAGGCCAACAUGGACGCUGGCAAGGAGGGGCUGCCCCUGAGGAUUCACUGCUUAGUCCAACCCCCGAACAUCUGCAGGUGGCUGAGCCCCUUCUUCCUCACCUGCUCCAUCUACUUCCUACUCUGGAUUCCCGAGGACCAGCCGUCCUGGGUCAGCACCCUGGUCAAGUGCCUGCCCAACCUCUGCCUGGCCGUGUUCCUGUGGGCUGUGCCCCCGGGGGGGGACUACACCCGGCUCCUCCAGGCAGCCCUUGUGUGCUCAGCCAUGGGGGACGCCUGCCUAAUCUGGCCCGGGGCCUUCCUCCCUGGCAUGACUGCCUUCGCCAUGGCCCAUGUCCACUACUCCUGGGCCUUUGGCUUCUCUCCUCUGCGGCCAGGCCUGCUGCUGCUCGUCUUCCUGGCCGCUGUCCUGUGCCACAGCCUCCUGCAGCCACACCUCAAGCCUGGCAUGGUCCUGCCCGUGGCAGCCUACGAGCUGGUCCUGAGCGUCACGCUGUGGCGGGGCCUGGCCCGGGGCGGGAGUGCCGGCUGGGGUGCCCUGCUCUUCGCUGUCUCUGACGCUGUGCUGUCCUGGGAUAACUUUGCCCAGCCCCUGCCCCACGGCCACCUGGUGACCAUGAGCACCUACUAUGCCGCCCAACUCCUCAUCACGCUGUCAGCCCUUGGAAGCCAGGGGCCCAAGACCGACUGACCCGGGAGCCAGCCAGCCUGGCGUCCACGCCCUCCCCUCCUGCAGGACUCCCACGCUGACCCUGCCUGAGUAGUGCCCUCAGCUGAGAAGCUUCCUGACCUCUGUGUGCAGGCGCUGGGCCAUCUCAAGACAUUUGGGGACCGUUUGUGGAAUUCAAAGUCUGCUGCCAGGUUCUGGCCACGCUCCCUCAGUUCUGGAAUCCCCCAGAUUCCAGGCUCCACAGCCAGGCCCACCCUGGGCCCUCCCCAGCUCCUGCCUGCUUCUGUGUUCCCCGUCGGCCCCGUGGUCGGCCAGCCCCCUCCCCACUGCUGUCAGUCUGUUUUUCGUUGCCUGAGUAAAGGGGAUGUGGAAAUGCC